CAUCGUGGGUUAACAUGGCAGCGUUCUUGUGCCCUGCAUGAGCUAAAUGCUAAUUAGCGUCUGAUUGAGUGGAUAAUAUUAUUUUGAGUGAUUUCGUUGUAAAUGAGUAAAGAUGUGGAAUCAGAUUAAUAAAAUCAGAAGGAACAGAACAGUGAAGUAUGGAGUUCCGAUGCUGCUGCUGGUUGUUGGAGGAUCAUUUGGUUUGAGGGAGUUUACACAGAUCAGAUAUGAUGCUCAGAAAUUAAAAAAGAAGAUGGACCCAGUGCUGGAGGCUCGAGUAAACACCCACAGUCAGUCUCUGGAGGAACAGUACCAGAAGUUGCAGCAGGUGGAUUUGGAAAAUUGGAAGAAUAUUCGGGGGCCACGCCCGUGGGAGAACUCGCAGGAGGUCCAAGACAAACAGAGGACACAACUUGCCAAAGACACAUAGAGAAACUCUGUACCCCAAAUAUUUAUCUGUAAAUAUUUAUCUCAGAUUAUUUCUUUAUUCUGAUGCUUAAUGUGAAGAUGAACUUGACAAUUCUGGUCUGGUUAGGUAGGAAUGUGUACAUUGUGCUGCUGUAACAUGAAUGACUGAUUAAUUACGUGAAUGAACUGGUGUUCCUAAUAAAUAUACAUUGUGUGUAUAGUG